AUGAAGCUGUGCUUUGUUACUGUGGGGGCUACGGCUCCAUUCGAGAAGCUCGUUGAGCAGGUACUGUCUCCACAGUUCCUGGAGACUUUGGCCCAGCGCCAUUACACCCAUCUUCUUAUUCAAUACGGAAAACAUGGCAGUGAAGCGUUCCAUUCAUUUGCUAUUGGCAAUCAAUCAGACUAUGGUCUCACCGUCGGAGGCUUCGACUCCAAGCCCAGCAUUGACCAAGAGCUAUUGAUGACAACUGAACGAGGUCCUCAAGACCGGGGUCUCAUCAUCAGUCAUGCCGGCACUGGGUCUGUUCUUUCAGCCCUACGUUUGGGCACGCCUUUAAUCGUUGUUCCCAACCCUGAUCUCGCGGAUAAUCACCAGGAGCAGCUUGGUCAAAUUCUGCAGAAGUACAAAUAUGUGAUUUGCAGCUCUGUUCAGGAACUUGGAGUAUUGACCGUUCAGCGUGCUGAGCUUCAAAAAGCCGAGGCUUACGAUUCACGUUAUGGAAGAAAGGACGGAUUUGUGGACUGCAUGGCUGAUGAGCUGGGGUUCCUUGAUUAG